AUGCCACUUGAUUCACUGUUCGCUACCCGAGGCUCCGAAUCUCGACAAACCAAACCCAAAGUGCCCAGGAAACCACUCUUUCCUCUUCCACGACCCAUCGUCAAUCGCAAGACCAUUUUUCACGCAGGGCACAACCCUAGAACACAUUCAUAUUCAGGACGACCCCUUUCAGCAACGGAGCGAUUGCACGUUGCCCGCCAGCGCCUUCGAAAGUUUGAGCAGGAACAAGUUAAGAAGCAAAAAAGGAACUGGCGUAAUUGCAACAUUUUGAUGAGCAGUGCUGCCAGUGUGGCUAUUGCUGUACCGACUUGGGUUGUCCCGGCUCCAGCCCCAGGUACACGCCAGCACUACAGGCCAAGGCCGAAGGACCCACGAGAACCUGGCGAGCGAAGAAGAGCUAUAGAAAAACGGAGGAAACAGAAGGAAGCACGCGCACGAAUCAGAGCUAAAGAGAAAGCUGAUCUGAAGGUAAAGCAGAGAGUAUUGCGCAUGAGAAUGCGAGAGCUCAAGAACAGACUUCGGCUUUGCUAG